GUGUCCAAGAAAGAGAACUCCGUUACCCACUUCAUCCUCCUGGGCUUCCCCUCAAGCCCAGAAAGGCAGCUCCUCUACUUUGGGCUCUUCUCAGUAGCCUACAUGCUGACCCUCAUGGGGAACACUGUCAUCGCCUGUGCAGUGAGGGGAGACAGGCACCUUCACACCCCCAUGUACAUCUUCUUGGGGAAUUUCUCUCUCCUGGAAAUAUGCUACACCACCACAACUGUCCCUAACUUGUUAGCCAACUUUAUCUCCACAACCAAGUCCAUCUCCUUUGUGAGCUGUUUUGCUCAAUUCUACUUCUUCUUCUCCUUUGGGUGUGAUGAAGGUUUGUACCUUUGUAUCAUGGCAUUUGACAGGUACCUUGCUAUCUGCUGCCCUCUCCACUAUCCAUACAUCAUGACCAGACAGCUCUGCACUGGCCUUGUUGCCUUGGGAUGGUGCUCUCGGUUGAUCCUUUUCAUAACUCCAGUUGUUCUCAUUUCACAGCUACCCUACUGUGGCCCUAAUAUCAUUAACCAUUUUAUAUGUGAUCCUGUCCCAUUGAUGAUGCUGUCCUGUUCUGAGGACACCACCACUCAGGUCAUUUACUCUGCUUUCAAUGCUAUCUUCAUGAUUGGCACUUUUCUGUUUAUCCUUUGUUCUUAUGCACUGGUGAUUUGGGCUGUGCUGCAGAUGCCUUCAGCAGCAAGCAAAAACAAGGCUUUCUCCACUUGUGCUUCUCAUCUGGCUGUGGUGUUUCUGUUUUUUGGCUCUGUUAUGGUGAUGUAUGUUAGCCCUGGAUCAAGACACCCAGUAGAAGUUCAAAAAAUUGUGGCCUUACUGUAUUCUGUGAUAACACCCCUCCUCAACCCUCUGAUUUACAGCCUGAGGAACAAGGAGAUGAAGGCUGCCCUAAGGAAAGUCUUUGGCACUGAAGGCCUCUUCAUAAAACAUAAAUCAGAAAUUGUGGUCAGCUAA